AUGAGCUUCGCAGCGUUCAAGAUGAUGCAUUCCCCCACCGGCAUCGAGAAUUGCGCGUCGGGGUUUAUCACGGAUUCCAGUUUCACUCCUACAGUUACUCCAAUUCAGACUGACGAUUUGGAUUCUGACUGGUCCACUACACCCAAGCCAAUCGGUCCAGUUCCCAACCUCAUCGUCACGGCUGCCAAUGUGCUUGAGAUUUACACCGUUAGGGUUCAAGAGGAAACUGCCAAACCUCCAAUAGAAUCCCCACGUGGCGGUGUCUUGGCUGGUGUUUCCGGUGCUUCGCUCGAAUUAGUCUGUCAAUACAGGCUGCAUGGUAAUGUGGAGUCGCUGGGGGUCUUAUCGUCAGGCGGUAACGGAUUUGAUGCUGGAAGGCGGAGGGACUCAAUUAUUUUGACUUUCGAGGAUGCCAAAAUUUCUAUUUUGGAAUUUGAUGAUUCUAUACAUGGGCUACGAACCAGCUCGUUGCACUGUUUUGAAGGACCAGAGUGGUUAUAUUUGAAAAGAGGGAGAGAGAGUUUUCCUAGAGGUCCAUUGGUCAAGGCUGACCCUAAUGGAAGGUGCGCUGGGGUUCUCAUAUAUGGUCAUCAGAUGGUUAUACUCAAGGCUACCGAGGUCAUUUCUGGUUUAGUUGGUGAGGACAGUGCUCUUAGUGCAGGCGGUGCAGUCUCUGCUCGCAUCCAGUCAUCAUACAUAAUUAACUUGCGAGAUCUGGAUAUGAAGCAUGUUAAAGAUUUUGUAUUUGUCAAUGGUUAUAUUGAGCCGGUGGUGGUUAUACUUCAUGAGAAAGAGCUUACUUGGGCUGGGAGUGUCUCAUGGAAACAUCACACUUGCAUGAUUUCAGCCCUUAGUAUCAAUACGACAUUGAGGCAGCACCCUCUUAUAUGGUCGGCCACUAGUCUGCCUCAUGAUGCAUACAAGCUUCUUGCUGUACCCUCUCCUAUUGGUGGUGUCCUUGUCCUUUGUGCGAACACUAUUCACUACCAUAGCCAGUCAAUGUCAUGUACGCUUGCGUUGAACAACUAUGCUGUAUCCAGUGAUGGCAGCCCAGAAAUGCCAAGGUCAAGCUUUAGUGUAGAGCUUGAUGCCGCCAACGCAACGUGGAUAGCGGAUGAUGUUGCUAUGCUGUCCACGAAAACUGGGGAACUGCUUCUGCUUACUCUAGUUUAUGAUGGGAGAAGAGUGCAGAGAUUGGAGCUUUCAAAAUCAAGAGCCUCAGUACUUACGUCGGGUAUCACCACUGUCGGGAGCUCAUUUCUAUUUUUAGGCAGUCGAUUAGGUGACAGUAUACUUGUACAGUUUACCAGUGGAGCAGGGGCUUCAAUAUUUCCUCUUGGCAUGAGAGAAGAGGUUGGAGAUAUUGAAGGUGAUAUCCCGACAGCAAAGCGGCUUCGCAUGUCCUCCUCAGAUGCUCUUCAAGAUAUGAAUGAUGAUGAACUUUCCUUGUAUGGUUCAGGUCCAAACAAUGCGCAGUCAUCACAGAAGUCUUUCUCAUUUGCCGUGAGAGAUUCCCUUAUCAAUGUGGGGCCACUAAAAGACUUCGUUAGUGGUGUAAGAAUUAAUGCUGAUCUAAAUGCCACUGGUGUUUCUAAGCAAAGUAACCAUGAACUGGUUUGCUGCUCUGGUCAUGGAAAAAAUGGUGCACUUUCUAUACUUCAGCAGUCAGUCCGCCCAGACAUAAUUACUCAAGAAUCAAUACCAGGUUGCAAGGGAGUGUGGACGGUUUACCACAAGAAUGCUCGCAGUCAUGUGAUUGACUCGUCGAAGGUCGCAGCUGAUAAUGAUGAAUAUCAUGCGUAUUUGAUUAUCAGUUUGGAGAAUCGUACUAUGGUACUGGAGUCAGCAAAUAAUUUGGAGGAGGUAACAGAGAAUGUUGACUACUACAUCCAAGGAAGUACAAUUGCUGCUGGAAAUUUGUUUGGGAGGCGUCUAGUCAUUCAAGUCUAUGCUUUUGGUGCUCGACUUUUGGACGGUGGAUACAUGGUCCAAGAGCUGACCUUUAAGGUCCCAAAUUCUGAAGUUGGAUCUGGUUCAGAAAGCCUGACAGUUUCAUUCGUUUCUAUAGCGGAUCCAUACGUGUUGCUGAGAAUGUCUGAUGGAAGUAUUCAGCUUCUUAUUGGAGAUCCUUCUUCUUGCACUCUUUCGACCACCAGUCCAGCAGUAUUUGAAAGCUCAAAGAAACUAAUCUGUGCUUGUACGCUGUAUCAUGAUAGAGGUCCUGAGCCAUGGCUCAGGAAGACAAGUACCGAUGCUUGGCUGUCUACGGGAAUAGGGGAGGCUAUAGAUGGGUCGGAUGGUGCAUCCCAUGAUGUGGGUGAUGUGUACUGUAUAGUUUGCUACGAAAGUGGCAUUCUUGAAAUAUUUGAUGUGCCAAAUUUUACUCGUGUAUUUUCUGUAGAUAAAUUUUUGUCGGGGAAAGUAAACCUUAUGGACACUUUUAUGCCACACCCAGCUGACAGCAGUUUUGAGGGUGUCAAAAUGAAUGAGAGCGUGAGUGCUCAUGGAAGAAAUGAUAAUGUUCAGGACAUAAGGGUCGUGGAAUUGGCCAUGCAUAGAUGGGCGGGUAAACAUAGCCGACCCUUUCUUUUUGGAGUAUUGUCAGAUGGAACAAUUCUUUGUUACCAUGCUUAUGUUUUUGACAAUUCUGAUACUGCCUCAAAAGAUGAGAAAGCCGCUAAUUCCCAGACUUCUGGCAACAAUUGCACUAUAAGUGGGUCUAGGCUUAGAAAUUUACGAUUUGUCCGUGUCUCAUUAGACACUUAUGCUAGGGAUGAAACAACACCUGGAACCUUUUCUAAGCGUAUGACCAUCUUCAAGAGUGUUGGUGGUUUCCAAGGUUUGUUUCUCUCAGGAACCAGACCAGCAUGGUUUAUGAUGUUCCGUGAACGUCUUAGGAUUCAUCAACAGCUGUGUGAUGGACCUAUCAUGGCCUUUACCGUUCUUCACAAUGUGAACUGCAAUCAUGGAUUCAUAUAUGUGACCUCGCAGGGUACUCUGAAAAUUUGCCAGCUUCCAUCAUCAUUAACAUAUGAUAAUUAUUGGCCUGUACAAAAGGUACCUUUGAAGUGUACUCCUCAUCAGGUUUCCUACUUUUCUGAUAAGCAUUUGUAUCCACUCAUAGUGUCGUAUCCUGUCUUGAAGCCAUUAAAUCAAGUUCUUUCAUCUAUUGUUGAUCAUGAGGUUGGUCACCAGCUUGAUAGUGACAGUAUGAAUUUGGAUGGUACUUAUCCUGUAGAAGAAUUCGAGAUCCGUUUUAUGGAGCGGGAAAAAUCUACUGGGAAUUGGCAAAAUAGGAAAACAAUAUCUAUGCAAAGUUCUGAAAAUGCUCUGACUGUGCGUGUAGUUACAUUAUUUAACUCCACAACCAAAGAAAGUGAAAUUCUUUUGGCAGUUGGGACUGCCUAUGUACAAGGAGAGGAUGUGGCAGCUAGAGGGCGGAUUAUUUUGUAUUCUGUUGAAAAGACAGGCGACAGUUCUCCACUCACGGUUUCUGAAGUGUAUUCCAAGGAGUUGAAGGGAGCCAUAUCUGCUCUUGCUUCUCUCCAGGGUCAUUUGUUGAUAGCUUCUGGUCCCAAAAUUAUUCUGCAUAAGUGGACAGGUUCAGAAUUAAAUGGGGUUGCCUUCUACGAUGUUCCGCCUCUCUAUGUUGUGAGCUUAAAUAUUGUUAAAAAUUUCAUUCUUCUUGGUGACAUUCACAAAAGCAUAUAUUUUUUGAGUUGGAAGGAGCAAGGAUCUCAGCUUAAUCUGUUAGCUAAGGAUUUUGGUUCCCUUGAUUGUAUGGCAACGGAAUUUUUAAUUGAUGGAAACACAUUGAGUCUUAUGGUUUCAGAUGAGCAAAAAAAUGUUCAGGUGUUUUCUUACUCUCCAAAGUUGUCAGAGAGUUGGAAAGGGCAGAAGCUUUUGUCUAGGGCUGAGUUUCAUAUUGGUGCUCAUGUGACCAAGUUUCUUCGACUAACUCUGCUUCCCACCUCUGAUCGAACUAAUGCUGGUCCAGGGUCUGAUAAGACGAACCGCUAUGGUCUUCUGUUUGGCACCCAGGAUGGAAGCAUUGGUUGCAUUGCACCUCUUGAUGAGCUCACAUUUCGUAGACUUCAGUCGCUUCAGAAGAAACUUGUAGAUGCUGUUUCUCAUGUUGCUGGUUUAAAUCCGAGAUCUUUUCGCCUAUUUCGUGCAAAAGGAAGGGUUCAUCGGCCUGGUCCUGACAGCAUUGUCGAUUGUGAGCUGCUUUGCCACUAUGAAAUGCUUCCUUUAGAAGAGCAGCUUGAAAUUGCUCACCAGAUUGGAACUACAAGAAAGCAGAUAAUGUCCAACUUGAAUGAACUGGUUCUGGGAACUAGCUUUCUAUGA